UGAGCAACAAUCGCGGGGCAACCGGGAGCUGCGAACACCCGACGAGGUCGAUCAAGAGUCGUGGGCGAAACUAACAUUUUGUUAAACAUAUCGCAAGAGAGGCGUGUCGGCUCUCCCCGCUAUCCACCAUGUUCAAAAGAGAGGUUCAGGGCUCUCCAAAACAAAAGCUCAAGUCUUCGAUCCAGCGUUCGAUCCGGCAGUCGAUCCUGACGACGUACCCCCUCCUAGCGCCGCACAUCGACGAGGUGCUGCCCAAGAAACACUCGCUUGAACAGAUCAAGCUUCCGGAACGCGUCUCGCUGUACGUCAUUGAUGGCAACCCGCUCGUCUACCAGCAGGACAACGGCGUGCUGCUGCCGCACCUGCGCCUCGUCCACCGCUUCCCGCACUGCUUCCCCACCGUCCGCAUCGACCGUGGCGCGAUCCGUUUUGUGCUGUCGGGCGCGACGCUCAUGGCGCCGGGCUUGACGAGCAAGGGCGGAAGGUUGCCGAUUCCGGUGGAUCGGGAUGCCGCUGCUGGUGGUUCUGCUGCUGGUGGCAAGGAGAACAAGGGGACCGAGGGCGAAGAGGGUGAAGAGGAGGGCGUCAAGGUGCCAAACGAGGGCCCGGAUGAAGACGGACAUUGGAGCAGGGAACUAGAGAAAGGGGAGCCGGUUGUGGUCAUGGCCGAAGGGAAAGAGGAGGCCGCAGCCGUUGGAGUUCUGAAGAUGGGGACCAAGGAGAUCAAGGAAAUAGGGAAGGGACCUGUGAUGGAGGAAACACAUUACCUGGGGGAUGGGCUCUGGCGGUUGAACGUGGAGUAGGCGUUUCAUCACCGGCUCGAAGCCUCAGUGCUACUCUCUGACAAUAUAAAGGGCCUGCAAUGUUCAUUGGACAACAAGCAGAAUGAGAACAAGCAAUCCUCCGUCUACGCCAGCCAACGCGAAGCCUUGCAACAAUAGAGAGAAUCCGCGUCUUGUCGAAGGUCUGCGAUGGUUAAGGCAAAGCUCAUUCUAACAGGUUGACGCACCCUGGUUCACUCUAGGCCCCUCCCA